AUGCCAAAAAAACAUUAUUGUCAAAACUGUCAGAAUCCAAUUGAGGAAGGCAAAGAAAUUAAAGUUAAAAAAGGGUCUAAUUAUCAUUAUUCUCGUUAUUCUUCAUACCCACGGGAUUAUUAUGUUUAUUAUCUUUGUCCGAGAUGUUAUCAACAGCAACACGAGGAAAGGGCAGUUAUUUUUCUGGUUUAUCAACGUCAACAAGAUAAAAAAACGGACAGAAUAACCAAAAAGUCUCAAAAAGUUAAAAAGAAUUAA